AUGAUAUGGCUUGACUACCUCCGCCAUCACCAUCCUGGAUACCGAUGCAUCGUCAUCGACAACGAGCGACUGAGCCAACUGCCCGAGGACGGCAAUGUGGUGGACGCCAUUCCCCAAAGCCAGGUGGAGGCUGCCGAUGUAAGACCGGAGGAGGAAGAUCAGGAGGCGGAGCCUGACCUAGAGGACGCGGCUGCGGUACCGGACCUGUUGGCCAAGGACACGGAGCUCGAUGCUCUGCGGUCUAUUCUCGUGGGCGAGCCAGAACCGGAGCUGCGGCUCCCGAAUAUACGGCAUACGCCGAUCAAUGAGUUCAAUCGCUCUCAUGCCCUGCUCUCAUUGGCAUUCCCAUGCCUCUUCCCAGACGGGAGAGCCGACUUUGUCGAGCCUCGCUUGCGGUCGAUAGAUUACAAGGAUUACAUCGAGCACGCGAUGCGGUGGCACGACGGGCGUUUUGCGCGGCACCCAACAUUCCGUUUUGUCGCAUUCAAUACCCUGAUGCGGUCCCAAGCACCGCUCACGCGAGAGCAGCUUAUUCAGGCGCUCGAACACAGCGAGGAUCCCGAGGCGCAGGCGCUGAUAAACUCAAUCACAAGAAAGAGGCAGGACCUCGAGGCGUAUGCGUACAGCCUGGGCUGUCCUGGCGCAUUUAUCACAUUUAGCCCAGCCGAUUUGCACUGGCGGAGCCUCUACCAACACAUGCCCCGAUAUGGAGAAUGGCUGCGCGCGUCCGAGCCGGAAAGGAUGGCAUUGUCGCGGUACUUAUUGCGUCAGAACCCUCACAUUGCUGCUUUCCACUUCUACCGCCGAUACUGCUUCUUUCGAGAUAUCGUGUUGCGGAAAAAGUUCAACGUCACGGAUUACUGGGAUCGAUAUGAAUGGCAAGGCCGUGGCAGUCCGCACAACCACGGUCUGUACUGGAUGCAGGAGGGCCCAGCCGCCGACAUGGAGGACGAAGCUGCUCGUGACAUGUUUGCACGCGUAUGGGGCUUCCACGUCACGGCCGUGAACCCGGAGCCCCGUAGGACUGUGCCUCAGGGGGAGGGCAAUCCGCUGAGCGUGGAUCCGCUGGGCGUGGAGAUGACAUUCCUGCGGCUCUCGCAAAUCGUCAACCGCUGCCAGCGCCACAGAUGCAAUACCACGUACUGCUUGCGAGUCAGAAAGGAAGCGGCGGCCAACGUGGCGAAUCCGGAAAGGGAGUGUCGUUUCGACUUCCCCCGUGCCUUGAGAGAGCUGGCCGCGGUCAUCAGGAAGGAAGGCAGGUCGUACUACAUCUUCGAGGCGGCCCGCAACGACAGCCUCAUGAACCAUUUCAAUCCUGCCAUCAUUCUGGGAUGGGACUCGGGUGGUUGUGUACGUCGACUGCCGCCCGUUGAGCAGCAUGCGCGGUCGUACCGCGUCGAUGAUGAUUCGUACAAUCUCAAGACAUGGAGGAGACUCGGUGCGAACGCGAAGAAGAGGUUGAUGAUGGCCCAUCCGCAUCGCGCUCCGGAGGAGUUGCUUGCUGUGGACGGGCAGCGGUUUGAGUCCUUUGUUGCGGCGUACCGGUGUUGUCGGCAGCGACACCAUUUCCAUGAGGACGACCAUUACGGGGAGGUGGGAACAAACGAGCUCCAGGCGGAGGACGAUGAGUUUGAGCAGGAGGUCCAUGACGAGCCCAUCGCAGAGGAGGACUGGCAUGAGCUCGCCCGCAUGCUGCCAGACCGGCCGCUGGAGGAAGAGGACAUCGACGUACUUGGCCGGCGAAAUAUCGACGUGAAUUAUGACUGGGCUCCUCACGUGGGACGAUAUACCAACGAGGAUAUUCUCAGCGGCAACUACUGGGAGCAACGCAAGGCGGAAAGCUCCUUUCCCCUUGAUGUGGAGCACCAGCCUCUGGAAGCACGCGAUGCCCUGAAUCCGGAGCAGCGCAUCGUGUAUGACACGGUGAUGGGCCACUUUCUCGCCCAAGACCGUUCCCAGUUGUUACUCCAUGUCGAUGGUGGCGGGAACCAGAUAUCAGGCACUACUUUGCACUCGCUGCUUCACCUCCCGAUCAACAAGGACUUCAGGCCGCUCUCCGCCAUCGACAAGGCCCAGCUCCAGAAGAAGCUGAAGGAUAUUCAGUACCUAAUCAUUGACGAGAAGAGUAUGCUGGGACUGCGUAUGCUAUCCUGGAUCGACAACCGUCUCCGUGAGGCAUUUCCGCAUCGGAACGAGGAGUUCUUUGGCGGACUCAAUAUCCUUUUGGUCGGCGACUUCUUCCAGCUUCCCCCUGUUCUACAGAAACCGCUGUACUACGACAAAGAGGUGCAGGGAGUGGAGAUCAAGGGAAGGAACGCUUAUAUGCGCUUCGAUAAGACCGUCUUCCUGAGCGUUGUUCAGCGGCAGUGCGGCGAUGAUCAGGCGUCCUUUCGCAAGGCUCUCGGAGAACUGCGGCUGCUCCUACUAUCCCACGAGUCCUGGAAACUUCUCUCCGGCCGCGUGCAGGCAAAGCUAGACGAUCAGGAGGUCGCCAGGUUCGCCAACGCCUUACGGGUAUAUGCCACGAAAGACCGGGUCAUCGCUACAAAUGUUGGCCCCGGCGCGGCUGCUGCUCCGGACGACAAGGCGGGCAACCUUGCGAAACAGGUCCCUGUAUGCAUUGGUGCCCGCUUAAUGCUGACGUGCAACCUCUGGCAACAAGUUGGCCUCUGCAACGGCGCUCGCGGCACAGUGCACGACAUUGGCUGGGCACCUGGCGCUGAUCCCAUCCGAGACCAACCGAAGAUUGUCCCGAUUGUGGCAGUAAAAAGGGAUUUCCUCGUUGGAGCAACACUCUGCACUCGCACGCAGUUUCCCCUGGUCGUAUGCUACGCCAUUACGGUUCAUAAGUCGCAGAGCAUCACCGAAGACAGGAUCGUGACAGAUCUGUCCUGCCGUGACUUUCAGACAGGUUUGAGUUAUGUGGCCGUCUCGCGUGUAAAAACGCUACAGGGGUUGAUGCUCGAUGCCCCGUUCGACCGCAAUCAUCUGACAUACACAUCCCCCCCGGAGGGUAUCAAGAUGAAGAUGAGGGACCAAAGAUUUAGGAGUUGGCAGGUUCUCACUCAGAAUCCGUAUAAGAACGGCUAG